AUGGUCUCCCUCCCCACCGUCCAAUCUUCCAAUGCCCUCAUCGACUCCUCCCUCGGUGCAGGUCUGGUAGCCGUUUUCGCCGGCGGAACUAAUGGAAUCGGCGAAACGACACUUAGGCAAUUCGCCAAACACACCAUCAAGCCACGCAUCUACUUCAUAGGCCGCUCUCAAGAAGCCGGGGAUCGCAUCACUGCUGAAUUAAAGGCUCUAAAUCCCGAAGGACAAUAUCAGUUUAUACAGAAGGACACGAGCUUGAUCCGGAAUGUAGACGAGGUGUGCAAGUAUAUCAAGGAGAAGGAAGCCUGGGUAAAUUUGCUGGUUUUAAGUACGGGGACGCUUGUGCGGGAUACUGAGACAUCAGAAAACCUUAAUGUCGCCGCCUCCCUAAUACACUACUCCCGCCACCGCUUCGCUCUCAACCUUCUCCCACUCCUCCAAGCUGCUCCCUCCCUUCGCCGCGUCGUCUCCGUUGCUGUAGCUACGAAAGAAGGCCCCGUCGACACCACGGAUUUCCAGUGUCGGAAUUCAACCCAAGGUCUCCUCGCCUUGCGGGGCCACGCUGCGUCCCAGAUCACGCUCUCUCUUGAAGCACUGGCCAAAAAAGCGCCGGAUGUAAGUUUUGUGCAUGGGUUUCCGGGGCCGGUGAAGAGUGGUAUUGGGAGGGGGACGACGGGGCUGGCGAUGGCGCUGAUGAAGGGCGUGUUCCUGGUGCUGGGGCUGUUUAUGAGUAUGCCGCUCGUAGAGGUUGGCGAGAGGCAUUUAUGGCUGUGUACCAGUGCGGUGUAUCCUGCCAGGGUGGGUGGGAAAGAUGGGAUCCCUGCUCCGAAGGGCAUAGAGGUUGCAAAGGGGACGGAUGGGGAGAGCGGAAGUGGCGUUUAUACGGUUGAUAAGCAUGGGGAUAGUGCUGGGCAGCAGGUUGUGGAGCUUCUGGGGAAGUUGAGGAAGGAGGGUGUGGACGAAUUGGUUUGGCGGGAUGUUGAGUCCGAGUUUAAGAGGAUUACGGGCGUGGAUGCUAUAUGA